UCCCAGGGCACGUGUGGCCCCCUCGCAGCCUGAGUUUCCAUGACUUCAUGCUCUUGGCCCUCGGAGCGCCCUCCCGCCCCCCAGGUGGAGGCCUGCAUCGAUGAGAACCUGGAGGUGGUGCGCUUCCUGGUGGAGCAGGGUGCUACCGUGAACCAGGCGGACAACGAGGGCUGGACACCCCUGCACGUGGCCGCCUCCUGCGGGUACCUAGACAUCGCCAGGUACCUCCUGAGCCAUGGGGCCAACAUCGCUGCAGUCAACAGUGACGGGGACCUGCCCCUGGACCUGGCCGAGUCGGAUGCCAUGGAGGGGCUGCUGAGGGCAGAGAUCGCCCACCGAGGUGUGGAUGUGGAGGCAGCCAAGCGGGCUGAGGAGGAGCUGCUGCUUCAUGACACCAGGUGCUGGCUGAAUGGGGGUGCCAUGCCGGAGGCCCGGCAUCCGCGCACUGGAGCCUCGGCCCUGCACGUGGCUGCUGCCAAGGGCUACAUUGAGGUGAUGAGGUUGCUCCUUCAGGCUGGCUACGACACAGAGCUCCGGGACGGCGACGGCUGGACGCCCCUGCACGCUGCUGCCCACUGGGGCGUGGAGGAUGCCUGCCGCCUGCUGGCCGAGCAUGGCGGGGGCAUGGACUCACUGACUCACGCGUGCCACCAGGGCACCUUCCCUGAGAUGUAUUCUUCCAGAUUGGAGCUGAGUAACUCUGUUCCUGCCCAACGCCCCAAGAUACCAGAGCCAGAACCCCCAGUGAAGCCAAAUACUUCUGGAGCACCCCCAACUGACUCUCGGGACCGGAGGAGGUCCUACCAGAUGCCUGUGCGGGAUGAGGAGUCGGAAUCCCAGCGGAAAGCUCGCUCCCGCCUCAUGCGCCAGUCUCGGAGGUCCACACAGGGCGUGACCCUGACGGACCUGAAGGAGGCCGAGAAGGUCACAGGAAAGAGCCCGGAGCCAGAGGCGCAGUCCCCGCCCAGCUUGGACCAUUCCCGGAGGCCCCAAGUCCCUGGGCUGGAGCCCUCUGAGGGCCCUGCAGAGAGAGCAGAGGCGCCCGAAGGCCAGGGCCCACCGGCCACCAGGGAGCCACGCAGGGCUGCCAAGGAGCGCAGGGGACCUGCGGAGGGGGAGGAGGCGGAGCUUGUGGAGGGAGUCUCAGAAUCCAGUACACCUGAUGGUCCGACGCCCCGCAGGCAGCGCCCCCGGCCCAAGUCUGAGGCCCAGGAGGAGCCAGACGGAGGUUUCCGGAAGCUGUACGCAGAGCUGCGAGUGGAGAACGAGCGGCUGCGGGAGGCGCUGACAGAGACCACGCUGCAGCUCUCGCAGCUCAAGGUGGAGCUGGAGAAAGCCACACAGAAGCACGAGCGCUUCGCUGAGAGGCCGGCCCUCCUGGAGCUGGAGAGAUUCGAGCGCAGGGCCCUGGAGCGGAAGGCUGCGGAGCUGGAGGAGGAGCUGAAGGCCCUGUCGGACCUCCGAGCUGACAACCAGAGACUCAAGGAUGAGAAUGCAGCUCUGAUCCGCGUCAUCAGCAAGCUCUCCAAGUGACUCCGCAGGACCCCUCCCCCCGUAUUUAUGCAGCUGCUUCUGCCACACGCACCCCUUCCCCGUGUGACCACGAGUGACACGCUCCGGGGACGACUCUGAGAAGCCAUAACUCCCCUGAGGGACCUCCCUCCAGAAUGGGAGGGGAGAACCAGGGGGUGCCGCCCGAGACCAGAUGGAGGGAGGGAGGCAGGUGGGAGGCUGAGCCAGGUAGGGGGACGUUGCGAGAAGGGACCGCGGCAGGAGGCAAGAGCCAGGAAGGCACUGAGGACCACAGAACGCAAGGACCAGAAGCCAGGGACCAGAGUAGCCGCCCCGGGGGUCCCCCACCUCACGUGUGACGCCCCCUCCGCCACCCCAUCCCCUCCAAACAGAACAGGGAUCCAAGAACGUGCCAAGAACCGUGCCCACCCGCCUCUAGCCAGAGGUGCUUGCCCACGAGGCCUGGGCCGGGCAGGGGCUUUCCCGGGGGCCACGCCCACGUGCAAUAGGGAGGGACGUCUAUUUUUGCUGCCCCCUUCCCGUCCACCAUGCAGGUGGGCCUGGGGGAGAAGGUAUUUUUGAGAGAAAGCGCAGGCAUCACAAAUAAAGAUGCGGUGUUGCCACUG